AUGGACAUCUCUCAGGUUCACAAGAUGGAGAUUGAUGGAUCGGAGACAUUGGAGCUGGUGUGCUUGUCGAUUAAAGUCUGUCUAGGUUUGGGCCUUAAUUCCAAUUUUUUCGUUAUUGGCUGCAAGAAGACAUUGUCUGAUGUUGAAACGAUGCAAGCAGCUGGAGUCUGUGCUCUUUUUUUUGUAAGACAAUAUCCGGAAGAUGAGUAA